GUGUGUCUGGGCGGGGAGGGGUCUGGACAGGGGCCUGUGUCGGGGCGGCGCCGCCUUUCGCCCCGCCGUUGGCUGACGGCUCUGCCGUGUCACAAUGUGUUUAAGCCGCUCACAGAGGCUAAGUCUGACUGCGGUGAGUGGGCCUGAGGCCUAGGCAGCGCCUUCUUCCCCGGAGGCGGCUCUGAGGGCGGAAUCAGCGCUGUGCCCGCCGACUGUCCCGCUCACUCCGUGUUUGAGAGCUGCCGCUGCCCGGAUGCUGGAGCAGGUUUACCGGGUCGGGCUACUCGGAGCGGCCAUAGCGCUAGUCGGAAGCAUCAUUUACGUCGCCUGGGAGCGACUGUUCGGAGAUCAGAGACCGGCGCUCCAAGCGGGGGAUGAGGAAAGCAUAAAGCAAGUUCUUGUCGUUGGUCUUGAUGGUGCAGGAAAGACAAGUAUUCUGCACAGCCUGUCUACCAAUACAGUCAAGAGGAGUGAUGGGCCUACCGUGAUGUUCAACAGUGUGUGUGUUCAGACUGAAGAUGCUGAGAUAGAAUUUUUAGAAGUUGGCGGUAAUAAAUCUCUGCGUAAAUGUUGGCCAUCUUAUCUACCUGGAUCACAGGCUUUGGUUUACGUAGUAGAUUCAGCAGAUCGUAAUCAGAUGCCACUUGCUAAGAAAGAACUUCACCAACUGGUCCAAGGAUAUGCAACACUUCCUGUUGUUGUUUUAGCCAACAAACAGGAUAUUAAAGGAGCCUGCACUAUUUCAGAAAUCCAUGAGCAGCUUUCCCUUGAAAAGUUAGGUGAUAAAAGGAAGCUUUUCCUCAUUGGAACCCACGUUGCUGAAGAUGGAUCACAAAUACCAACAAGCAUACAAGAUACCAAGGAACUCAUUGCCCAGCUGGUGAUCUACUGAGGAGUCAAUGUGCACACAAGUUUUCCAUUUCUGCCUUGAAUUCCUUUUCAUCAUAUUCUUUUGAUGUAAUAUUUUUACUAAAGCACUAUCUGGUCAUAUUCGCUUGUGAUGUAGAAACUUCUUCAAUCUAAAGAAAUUAUUAUUUUAACAAAUUUGAGUUUGGAAAAUCAAUACUUUUUGCACAUGAUCUGCACUUGAAGCUUUUGUAGUAAAUAGUUACUGUAUACUUUGUAUAAUUUACUCUAAUUUCUAAUUAGUGAAUGCUGGGACUGGAGAAUCUUAACAUUUGCUAAGAUUUGCACCAGAAAUCUCUCUACAUAUGUUUAAAUCAAAAAGAACAAAAUUGCACAUGACCUUAAUUACUGUACCCAAGAAAAACAUACAUUAAAAAUUUGAUGUGGUUUUGAGCGGUGA